AUGGCGCCUGCGCCCUUCACCAAGGUUACCUCCACGAAUACCGACGACCCGGAGCUUGCGCUACCUGAUCAUACUCUUACUGGCUCUGAGUCUACUCCUCAACGUCUCAAGCUGUCUGGUUAUAUGCGCAACCACUCUGGACACGCUUUCAUACGGGCUAAGCCCUUGUACAAGAGUCUCGCGAAGGAGAUGCGCGGCAUGUUCUUGGGCCCGAUGCCGGUCAUGACAUUCCUCAAGAGAUUCUUGCCCUGCGAGACGGAACGUACCUGUCCUAAUAUCAGCAUCGGCGUGCGCGAAGCCGACUUCAAGCUCAAGAAGCGCGUUCCCGGCAAGACGGCAGAGGACAAGAUUUGUAACGCUAUCAACGACUCUGACGUUCUAACCAAUCUCCACUUCCAAAACACGUCCGACUCUCCGCUGUCGAUGUUCGAGUCCUUUCCUGAGAGCGAGAGGGCCGAGCGCAAGAUUGACAUCAGUGCCUUCAUCCGCACCCAGCCCGGCGUCGCACCGAAGCCUGCCUUUGAAGUGCUUCGCCUACCCAUCGAACUCAAACCUCCUGCGGUCGAUAUCGUCGUGAACCCGACAGCGAAGUCGUCCGAGGAGCGCAAGACGCAGGGUUUCGAGCAUCAGACUCCGGAGGCCGUCGAAGCCCGUGGUCAACUUUCCUCGUACACUGUGCAUCAAUUCCAACAUCAGGAUUGUACGCAUGCCUUCUCCGUUCUGAUUUUUGGCUUGCAAGCACGCCUUUUGCGCACCGACCACAGCGGCGUCAUCGUUACCGAAGCCUUCGACUACACGAAAGGCGACCUCUUCACAGAGUUCCUCUGGCGGCUUGACCGCGCCGUCGGUGGCGAUGGAACAGACGAGGCGGGAGUUGAUAAGUCGGUUACACGCCUCGCGCAUGACGACGAGGUCGUGUUGAAGGCGCGCCAGGCAUUCGCAAAGGCAGAGGAUGAGCUGCCGUAUGUUAUUACGCCCGAGACACAGCUGCGUAAGGUCCUCGUGUGGGAUGAGUACGCUUGCGCUUCGGACGAGGAAUUGUCGCCGCGCGAGCUUAUCGUAGCGCCGUCCGUGCAGCAUUCGUUCUCGCCACUCGGGCGCUACACCCUGAGCUUCCCUGCAUACGACCCGAAAACCGAUACGGUGUGCUGGAUGAAGGAUGCUUGGCGCCUUGAAGAGGACGGCUUCGAGAAGGAGGGUGACACCUAUGCCAAGCUAGCGAAGUUGGAGGGCAUCGAGGGGUUGAUUCCCGAGGUCUUGUGCGCAGGGGAUGUCCGCGACUCGAACGGCGAUGUCCAAGCGACAGUAACGCAAGACUACGUCGACGCUGAAUGGGCCGCGCGGUCUGACAACAUUCACCGCUAUGUGCAUUAUCGGAUUGUCUUCAAGACUAUUGGCCGUCCCUUGACGACGUUCAAAAACACGAAGGAACUCGUCCAAGUUUUGGCUGAUGCGCUGAAAGCACAUACCAUUGCUUUCAAGAAGGGAAUGAUUUUGCAUCGGGACAUCAGCAUCAACAAUAUACUCAUCAAGAAUGGACGGGGAUUAUUGAUUGACUGGGACAUGUGCAAGCAUCUGGAGGAGAAGGAACCCCGGAUCCCUUGGCGGACCGGGACUUGGCAGUUCAUCGCCGCACAGCUUCUUGACAGCCCCAAGAGUACAACUCAUACGUUGUGCCACGACCUGGAAUCGUUUUUGUGGCUCUUACUAUACGCGACUCUACGUUAUCGCUAUCGUCUUCCUCAUCUGACGGCGCCUGUCGAUGACAUUCAGGCUCAAUCCAUGUUCCCCGAUCUCGAAGCCGAGGAGGACACGCCGGCCACCCAAGCCGUGCCCGUGAAACAGGCCGAGGUGACCUACAUGGACUGGCCCGAGGUUCAAGACUACGUACAUCACCUGUUCGACGACAAAAAAGAGCAAGGACAGGCGACGCCGAAAGGAGGGGAACGCAAGAUGCACUUCCUUCUGGGCAACGCGGGCCAUCCCUUGAACGACCACAUUGCACGCUCUGUCGACGAUGCCUCAACUCGUAUACCUGUGCCACUCGCGAAGCUCAUCACUGAGCUUCGCGGCCUCUUCGGACCUCUCUACGGUGCUCUCGCGGGGAAAACACCAAACGCCGUUCAAGCUUACGCGGAUAAGCACUUCCGUUCUGCGAUCUAUGUCGAAUACUGUUUCAAACAGGCGCUCAAAGCGCAAGACUGGCGGGACGACGAUGCAGGGCAGGACCACUUCGUCUUCGAACAACGUUCAAGGAAGCGCAGGCGCGAUGUAGAGGAUCACUCGGACUCCGAAGCUGGCGACGACGAUGAGGUUCCGCAGGGUAUUCAGACAUUUGCUGGUCGCGUCCUUCGGUCGAGGAGCAAGAGGCAGAGGGUUGCGGAUGGUGACGAGUCCCCGACUCGGCCAGGGGGACGCGCUGCCUCCGCGCCAAGUUUACUUCGCUGA